AGAGAGAGAGAGAGAGGAGGCCUGCCAGUGCCUCCUAGAGUGUUGAAUUUGAAUGGCAAUAGGGAGGAGCUGCGACGAGUGGAAGCCUUUCUUUGUGAUGCUGGCAAUCGACUUAGCCUUUGCAGUUGUGAAUAUUCUGCUUAAGAAAGUGCUUGAAGAGGGUAUUGAUCAUUUGGUCCUUAUCACAUAUCGGCUAGGAAUUUCAGCCAUUUUCUUGUCUCCAAUCGGUUACUUUUUGGAAAGGAGUACCAGACCAAAGCUCACAAUCAGCAUCUUAUGUUAUCUCUUUUUCAGCGCCAUUGUAGGGGCAUCACUCACACAAUACUUCUUCCUCCUCGGUAUUCAAUACACGUCCGCGACUUUCUCGUGCGCGUUCAUUAACAUUGUUCCUGUUGUCACAUUCAUCAUGGCCUUACCUUUUAGGUUAGAGACGGUGGACAUGAAGAGCAGCAGCGGAAGAGCCAAAAUAGUCGGUACAUUAGUGUGCGUUGGUGGGGCUUUGAUGUUGACUCUUUAUCGAGGAAGGCCUUUUUUCAACACUUCACAUUCACAAGCUGUUAUUUCGAUGCAUGAUCAUGCCACCAAGCUCAGUUCAGCUAAUAAGACACAGAAUUGGACAAUCGGCUUGAUUUGCUUGGUUCUUGGAACAUUGCUCUGGUCUCUUUGGUUUCUUCUCCAGUCCAAGAUAGGCAAGAGAUAUCCUUGCCAGUACUCGAGCACAGCGAUUAUGUGCUCCUUUGGCUCCAUUCAGUCGGCCGCUUUGAGCUUCGUCACAUCCAGGAGCCUCUCUAUUUGGGUCUUGAGAGGAAGAACUGAAGUAUUCACCGUUCUCUUCGCUGGUAUGGUAGGUUCGGGUUUGUGCUAUGUUGGGAUGUCGUGGUGCGUCAAGAAACGGGGUCCCGUCUUCACUGCAGCAUUCAGCCCCCUCGUCCAAAUAAUGGCGGCAAUGUUUGAUAUCCCCAUUCUGCAUGAGCAGCUCCAUAUUGGGAGCUUGCUUGGGUCAGUCAUUGUCAUCAUCGGCUUGUACAUUCUUCUGUGGGGCAAGAACAAAGAGUUAAAGGAUCGUAUCAUGAAAGUAGUGCAGGAAGCUGAAGAGAUCAAGGAGCAGGAGCCGAAGUUACAGGUCAUUACAGUGUCGUGCGAGUCACAGAGUACCUAGUUUGUUGCUUCUGUUUAUGGUCCCAGAGUCUGUAGCCCCAUUUCUCUGCCCCCUCGAAUCUGACCCCUCCAUUCCUACUUGGGUGGAGGGUGCAUAUGGUUGCUUUGUGCAAAGCACAGUCCGUCACUUUGUCUUCUGAAAUACAUAAUACAGUACAAGAGCACCUCAUUUGGUA